AUGAAAGUCGGAAUUGCAUUCAAUUUUUUAACUAAACAGUUCGAAGCGCACGGAAGAAGAGUGCACAAAAACGUUUCGUGGUUCUUAGUAAUUCCAAUUUUUCUAACUCUUUUACUCGCCACGGGCUUACAAAACUUGAAAAUAGACGUCGGAGACGAAAUCAUAAUUACCGAUAACGGAAUUGUGGCCAAGUACAAAUCGUACUUAAAGCAGUUGUUUUCCACCGACACUUGUUCCGAUUUCCAACCCGCAAGAUCCAUCGACACGCAUUUGUACGCCACUGUUAUAGUCGAGACGAGAGACAAAGGAUCAGUUCUUCGACCGUCCGUCUUCCGAGAAGUCGUUUUAUUGGACCGAGCCGUGCGCAACUUUACCAUCGCGCACCAAGGCCUUUGGAAGUACCAAGACUUGUGCGCUAAAACUAACGGCAAAUGUUGGCGGAACGUCGUUCUCCGUCUCGGAAGCAAAAUGGCCGAGAUGGAGAACGGGACGUUUAUUUUAAAAUAUCCAAUAAAUAACGACAGAGAUGAACACUACGGCGCACUUUCUUUGGGAGGAGUGGUGGUUAACGACGAGCACGAAAUAGUCUUCGCUCGCUCUCUGAGAUUAAUUUACUUUUUAAAUAAAUCUAAACACGUAAAAGACUUGAGUAUAAAAUGGGAGAAAAAUUUCAUCGAAGAUAUUAAAACCCUUAAGUUUAGAAACUUAAACGUGGCGAAAGACGUCUCCACUUCGCUGGAAGAUUCCAGAAUCAAUGUCUUAAAGGUUGCCACUAAGUACAUGCCGUAUUGUAUGUUAUCGAUGAUAUUAUUCACUGUUGUGACGUGUCUCUCGCCCGAUUUUCUCAGAAGCAAGCCCUGGAUAGGAAUAGUGUCGGCGGUUGCUACUGGCAUGAGCGUAAUUUCGGGAGUAGGUUUACUGAUGUAUUUUCGGUUUAAGGUUACAGCGACGAGUGUUAUGGUUCCGUUUCUAGUGUUAGGAAUCGGAAUGGACGACACAUUUAUCAUGUUAUCUGCAUGGAAGAAAAUAGAAAAGACAAAGUGUCUACGAGAAAAACUGGCGGAAACAUUAGCCGAAACGGGUGUUUCUAUCACACUCACAUCCCUGACUAACAUCGCUUCUUUCGCGGUAGGAAUUAUAUUUUCAUCUACACCGAUGAUCAGAAUAUUUUGUGUCUUCAUGGCAACGUGUCUCGCCUUCGACUACGUAUACCAAAUCACGUUCAUCGCAGCUCUUUUCGUGUAUUGCGGAAAGGCAGAAGAAAGAAAUUUACACUCUUUAGUGUUUGUUCCUCUGCACAACUUCUCGUCUACAGAUACAAAGAGUUUUCUGAACAAUAUGUUUUGCUACGUUCAACCCGAAUCGACCGAUAAAAACAGUCGUUGUUGGCUUGUUAGUAACACGUGGGAAAAUUUCAUCCAAUCUCUAACAACGAAUGUUGCAAAACUUUUUGUAAUAAUAUUGUAUCUCUUGUAUUUAGGAUUCGCAAUUUGGGGCAUUACCAAACUGUCUUUUGAAGCUAAUCUAAAUAUAAAUGUCAUUGGAGGUUCAUACCGACAUUAUUAUUACGAGUUACAGAAACAAUAUUAUUAUCAAUAUCAACACAGGUUACAGUUUAUCAUUCUAGAAAAGCUGGAUUACGCCGAUCCUCUCGUCCAACAGAAAGUCGAAGAAACGAUGCAAACGUUGGAAUCCGAUCCUCUGAUUGCUGGAUCGCUAAUGACGGAAUCCUGGUUGAGGAGUUAUCUUCGGUUUGUUUCGGAUAAGAGAAUAUCUUUAUUGCUUUCUUCGUAUAAUUUGACAGACACCGAGGAUUUUAUAUUUGUUCUUAGGAAUUUUUUUCUACGUGUUCCCGAGGCGAAAAGAUUUAAAAACGACAUUUCUUUCAAUGAAAACGCAACAAAUAUUAUCGCCAGUCGCUUCUUUAUUCAAACAAACAUCACGCGGGAUGGGAACCAUUUCUACCGUCAAUUGGUGAAGUUAAGGCUGAAAGUAGAGGAAAUGCCGUUUCGCGCAAUCAUCUAUAAUCCGUUAUUCUACAUUUUCGACCUCGUCGAUGCCAUUCCUGUUACUUGUAGUCAAACCUUAUCCAUUGUGUUGGUGACGGUAUUUCUGGUAUGCCUGGUGUUGUUGCCAAAUGUCAUUUCUAUCGUAUGUGUGUUAUUUGACAUCGUUUCUGUGGGAAUGGGUGUAUUAGGUUACAUGUCCUUCUAUGACAUUAGUGUAUCGGUGAGCACUACUACAACGUUAAUUGUUAUUAUUGGAUUUUCUGUAGAUUACGCCGCACACGUUGCGUGUGCUUACGUGUCGUGCAGGGAUGCGGAUCCGAAUUGUCGUUUAAUGUGGGCUGUAUCUAUGACAGGAAUUCCAACUCUGCAAGGUUGUAUAACAACUCUUUUAGCAUUGAUUUUCAAUUUACUUUCUCCUUCGGUCGACAUAAAAAAUUCUGCAAUAAUUAUAAUUAUCGCUUGUAUAAUAUCAAUCUUACAUGGAAUAUUAUUUGUUCCCGUCAUCAUGUCGACUUUAAACCGGUUUUGGAUUAAAAGACUCCAAAGAGAAAAACACAAUACGAAUAAUAAAGUAAAUAAUUUCGCAAAAGGAGAAAUUUCGUCGCGCGGGGUUGUGAACAUGGCAAUGAACGAGAUAGAUAAUAAUUAUACUUGA